AUCCUGUCGAUCGCAUUCACGCGUUCCCAUAACGCGGGUGGCCUUACGUGGACACAAGUGGUCACGUUUUACGCCUAUUGGCCCGAAUGGACAAAAUCAAUGUCCACUGUGUUUCAGAUAACACCACUAUUCCUUGUCUUCUUCAUCGGUUCCGUUCAGCUAAUCAUUUAUUUAUAUCCGAAACAGUCGUCCGGACUUUUUCACGAAAGAAUACAAGCCUUAUUCUGUCCGACACUGACAUCGUUUAUGUCGGAUCCAAACUCUGUGGGAAACCUGAACUCGGGUUAUGUGGCGGACGAUCCGCCGCCCAAAUACGAGGCGCCGCCCUCUUACUCGACGGCCACCGCCAGACAAAUUGUGAGCCAAAUCAGGGGUCGUCUCACACCCAGCGGUUCAAUACGGAUGAACUUCUUGAACCGCACCAACAAUAUGGCGGACACCGUAUCCGCGGGCCAUCACAACUCAGCGACGGAUUCAAAGUUUGCUGAAUUAAAACACGACGGCAUCGGCACUACGUCCAGGACUUAG